ACAGGGAUACGGGAGUGGGGGAGGGAGCGGAGAGGCCUCCCCGGAGGAGGAUGGUCCCCUCGGUGGGGCUGCAGCUGCUGAGCCCACCCUGUACUCCGUCGAUUCUUUUGUCUCAAACUAUGCCAGAGAUGACAGAGAAAGCUCCUCUUAAGAAGCAGCACCGGAAGAAAAACCGAGAGACUCAUAAUGCAGUGGAGAGGCAUCGAAAGAAGAAAAUCAAUGCUGGUAUAAACAGAAUUGGUGAGCUAAUUCCAUGUUCCCCUGCGCUGAAACAGAGUAAGAAUAUGAUUCUGGAUCAAGCAUACAAAUAUAUAACAGAAAUGAAAAAGCAAAAUGAUGAACUUCUGUUAAAUGGAGGAAACAACGAACAAGCUGAAGAAAUAAAAAAACUCCGGAAGCAAUUGGAUGAACUCCAGAAAGAAAAUGGGCGCUACAUAGCAUUGUUGAAGGCUAAUGACAUUUGCCUUUAUGAUGAUCCUACCAUCCAUUGGAAAGGAAAUCUUAAAAAUUCAAACGUUUCUAUUGUAAUUCCAAAUGAUCAGAUACAAAAAAAGAAAGAAAACCUGAAAAAUACAAAUAUUUCUGUUGUUAUCCCCAAUGAUCAACUGCAAAAGAAUAUUGUUGUAUAUUCCAAUGGCAGCCAGUUUGGUGGAAGUAACCAGGGGCCAUCUGUCCAGGGAAUAACUUUUAAUAUAGGACAUAAUUUACAGAAACAAACAGCUAAUGUUGUUCCUGUCCAGAGGACUUGCAAUACUCCUGCAACCAUUUCUAGUAUUUAUUCAACAGCAAUCAAAUCAGGUAUUCAAACUUCAGUUUCAUCAUUAGUAUCAGGCCUACAAAAUACAGAUAAAAAAACUCUUGAGCAAUCUACCUCUGAGAACAAGCAAGGCACAUCUACCUGUACUAGUGCUGUUGAUUCUGUGAAUACCUCGCAGCUAGUAAGAUUGCAGAGUGGAAAACAGAUUUCAUCACAAGAUGAGAAUGACAUCUCCAAAUCUAAAAAUAAACAAGGGAGUUUGAAGCCGAUUGAGAAAACAAGUGUACUAAGCCCCAGCCUUUCUUCCAGUGUUAGUAUAGAUGUACUUCAUUGUCAACAAGCAAAUAUAUCAACAGAAGUGGGUUCAAGAAGUGGGUCUCUAGGAAGCUGUGUAACUUCUGCAGCUGACUCAACCUGUGCUGCAUCUAUUGGUGGAAAGACAUCUGCAGAAAAGGUCUUCAAAAGCCUAGAUAGUAGAACUCAAGAACGAGAAGCCCCAAAGGCUGUAACAGAAUUGAAUAUAGUGCCUGCUACUACUGUAGAGAAAUGGCCUUUUCCCAGUUCUUCAGGUGUUGGCAUUCCAGAGUCAAAAAGCAUUGGUAAUCUUAUGAGAAUCGCAUCAGCUGGAAAUACCCAAACCACUUGGACUACCUUGCAGCUAGCUGGAAGCACUGUUCAGCCUCUAAAUCAUACUCCAUCCAACAUAAUGACAACUCUUUUAAAUGAGCCAAUUAAUGGUGCUAAUAUUAUAGCUUCCACUCCAAACAAGAUUCUGGCCAAUGCUGCUGGUUUAAGUAACCCUCUAAUUCCAGAUGAUCACCCAGUUGACCAAUUGGUUGUUACCUUGCCAUCUCAUCCAUCUUUACCUAUUCAGCCACUAAUUAGUAAGACACAAACUAGAGCGCAGAUGGCAAGCAGUCUCCUUCCCGUGAAUCCAGCCAUGCAAGUGAUUCAAGUAUCUCAGCCAAUCACCACCCCUAUCAAUACAUCACCUAUUAAUCAGAACAUUGUAAUUCUCCAGCCUCCUAAUGCUAAUUCCUGUCCUCCAGUGCUGAGAGCUGAACUCCCAAAUCAGACCGUUAGCCAGCAGAUUGUAAUAAUACAAACUGCUAAUCCAAAUCCCCUCUCUUUUUUCUCAACACCAUCAGUUGUUAAAAUGCCUGUGAAUGGAACAAAUGCUGGCAAUCUUAUACAAAGUGCCUCUGGCCCUCAUAUGUUUGGUGGGAAACAUCUUGUUCAUAUUUUACCAAGGCCCUCCUCUUCAACAUCAUCUUGCCUGUCACAAACAUUUUCUGUUUCAAUGUCUAACCAAAAGCUUCCACAGACCAUUUCUUUAAAUGGACAGUUGUUUGCAUUAAAACCUAUGAAAUCCUGUUCUGGAGAUUCAGAUCAAACCCCUAUGCAAAUUAUUCAGCCUACCACCAAUGAAGAUCCAAAUACCAAUAUUGCCCUCAAUGCAUUUGGUGCUUUAGCUAACCUCAAUCAAAGCAUAUCACAGAUGGCUGGCCAAAGCUGUCAACAAGUGUCUGGCAAUCCGUCUACCAACCCCAAAAUUGUUAGUAGCCAAAGCGCACCAAUAUCUCCUGGUUUGCUAACAGUGACAAUACCUUCCUCUUCAGCUGCUGAGAGUUCUAGAUUAACCUGUACUUCAUCUUCACUAGACAUUUCUCCUCCUAAAGCUGCUGGUUUGGGUUCAAAAUGGUCUAAUAAAAAUUCAGGAACUAAGAAAACUUCAAUCGCCAACAACAACCUUGCAUGUCAAGUAGAUCUUGAAAAAGAAUGCAAAAAAAUUGAUAGGAAUGUGGCAAGUGCAUCUGAACAUUCAGGAAGUGACAUAUUGCUUGAAAAUAUGCCCGUUGUUUUGCAGUGCUUAGCUGUACCACAGGCAAACUGUAGAAUAUCAUCAAAUGAUAUGCAUGCUUCUGAUCCUCAUCCCAAAGAUAGACUGAGAACUGAACAGAACAUGGAAUCUACUCUGGCACCUGAUCUGAAUGCAGCUGGAGUGCCUAGGCCAUUGUCCCUGGAAUCAUCCUUAUUGGGACAAUAUGAGGUAGUUCCUGCAAUUUCCACAGACGGUGGUUCUCCACCUCUUCAAAUAUGUAAAUCUCAAACCAACUCAACAGCAAAUUCUAAGUUAUCAGAACUAUCCAAAUGUAUAUCCACCAGUCCUUUACUACCAUCUUCUUCAGAUUCUCCAGUGACAAUUUCUCAAGUUUCUGAGACGUCAGUGUCAAACAGAGAAAUGAAUACAGAGAAUGUUCCCAGAACAGAGGUCUCAGAGAUCUGCAGGAUGGAACAAAAUUGUUCCAUUGUAAUGCAGGCCUCAGAUUUAUUGGAAGAACAGGGCCUAACCAAAAUGUUCUCAGAGUUUAAUAAAGUAGGUGAUGUACAAAAAUCCUUUUCAGAGCACCCCAGUUUUUGUACCCAAAGCACAAAAUCAAAUAUCAGCUCAAAUGAUAAUUUGGGAAGGAAACAAGAAGAACUCUUGCUGAUAAAUGCUGAAGAAGAAAACCUCACACGGUCUAAUUCUUGCACCUCCGAUCAGGAAGCCAUCACUGCUAAUAGGCAAGUAGACUCCCCUAUGUCAACUAGUUCAGGUAGCAGUUGUGGCUUUUCUGUUGCAUCCAUGUUGCCAGAUACAUGUAGGGAAAACGUUUCCAACAGCACUUUGGUGAACACACAUAGCACCUGCACAUUUUCAGAGCAAACAGAUAUUGUAGCACUAGCUGCAAGAGCAAUUUUUGACCAGGAGACUCUUGCAAAAAAUACAGGAACAAUGUCAGGAACCUCUAUUUCCAAGGGUAGUAAAGUAGCAUCUCUAGGAAAAGACCAACUAUUCAAAGCCCAUCCAGUUAAAAACACUAAUCAAAUGGAAACGGGGCCAAACAAUUUCAGUACCCAGAAUUCAAUGCAAAUAAACAUUGAGUUAUCUGCAGAGAAAAGUUGUUCUGUUAGACUGGAAAUGGCGGAUACAGCUUUGCAGAUUCCAACAGCACAACCGUCAAGUACCUCCAGCUUGAGUGUGAAUAAUCUCAUACAUCCAACAUGUAUCAUACAUCCUCCAGUAAGCUGCUCAGGUGUACCAUCAUCUUCAGAUCAAACAACUGUUUCUGUAUCUGGGACUCCAUCUGUCCCUGCUAAUUCAUAUAUGGCUCAGUCUCCAGGACAUUCUCCAAGGUUGAUGGCAGAGUAUCCUUCAGAACAGUUAUCUGCUCUUCAGACUAACACGAUGCAAGGUCCACAGAUAUGUGAACCACAUUUAAAGCAGCAAAGACAAAGCCGCAAAGAAUCAGCAAAGCGUUCUAUUCAAGAUGAUCACAUGCUUUCUACAUCAAAGAGGCAGAAACAUUGCCAGACAGCACCUCUACAGCUUGAAGACAUGGCUCUGUUGAAUCAAACAGCUGAUGAUAUUGAGGGUCAAAAUCAGAUCCGUGUGAGUCAGAUCCCCCCCAACUCAUCUAAUCUUGCAGUAUCAGUGAGUAGUCAAGGACAUACCAAUGGCCAUAGCAGGUUAUUUCAAGCCAGCAAUUUUGUGUCGCCUACUUCGAGGCAAGUUGAAGUUCAAUGUAAUUCUCAUCCACCUAUCCUUGAUCAAGCAGGACAGCAUCUGCAGCCAAUCCAACAUGCUCUCUCUCAGGGUAUGGCUCAUCUUCAGGUUAAUCACCCAUAUAUAAAACCACAGCAACAGCAGCCUGGACAGCUAAGAGAACGGCAUCAAUUGUAUCAACUUCAGCAUUAUAUUUCUCCUGCAGAAAGUUCUAUACACACUCAAACCCAUAUUGCUCAUCAGCAAAGAAUAUUGCAUCAAGAGGCACAGCUGCAGAAAAAGAGAGGUCUCAUUCAAGCCACUCAGCCCACCACACUUACUUUACAGCAAAAGCAUCAUGGAAAUGACCAAUCACGGUCAAAGAGUAGCCAGCCACACCCCCAUCACUCCCAGAUUCAACAAUUGCAGCAGCAUUACCCUUCUUCCCAGCCUGACAAGAAUUGUGAGAAUACUGCUUUGAGUAGAACUCAUAGCCACCCACGGAGCCACCCAAGUCAGGACAUUCUGCAUCAGCAGUCAUCAGAUGUGGGCAGCAGACAACCAAGUUCUGGAGUUCCUCCUGAACAUGUCUCGGGACAUAGUCAGAUGCAUAGAAUGUUGACCUCUAGAGCUUUGGAGCAGCAGAUAGUGUCUCAACCUAGUAUUGUGUCUAGACCAGAUGUUUCCUGUCUCCCUCAUAGACAAGAAAGAAAUAGAGUUAGUAGCUACUCUGCAGAGGCACUUAUUGGGAAGUCUUCAUCUAAUUCAGAACACAGGCUCGGAGUGUCCAUGCAGAGCUUCAAAGUUUCAGAUCAUCUUGAAAUGAGAAACUAUGCUGAUGUAUCUAGGAAUAAAGAACUAGUAAUUCAUAAUACACAAAAUCGUGUAUCUGUAGAUCAUUCACUUGGAUCAGACAUUCAGAGACUCUCUGAGUGUCAAACAUUCAAGGUGAAUGCCAUUAACCAACAGCCUACAGGUAAUUUUGAUGUGCAAUCUUCAAGAAGUAAUGAAAUAAGUAACUCUCUCAGGGGUAUGCAGACACAGAGUUUUCGACUUGCCCAAAAUGCUGGACCACCAAUAGACAGACAAAAGAGAUUGUCUUAUCAACCAGUUCAAAGCAUUUCAACAGGAAAUCCUCUCCCUCCCCGAAGAGACAAUGAGAAUACAUGCCACCAAGGAUUCAUGCAAAGUUUACUUAUUCCUCAUCUUGGAGAUCAAGCUAAUGGAAACCAAAGACCAAUUUCAGAACAUCAGAGAAAUCCACAGUGUUCCAGUUCCUCAAAUAUUGAUUAUAAUUGUGCCCCAGCAAGAGAAAGUAUUCAUAUUCGGAGGGAAGGUGAUGAUCAGAACAGAGAAAGUUGUGAUAUGUCUCUUGGUACUAUUAAUGGUAGGAACAAUGCUUUAACUAUUCCCUUCUCAAGUUCUUCUGGAGAUAUUCAGGGCCGCAACUCAAGUCCCAAUAUUUCUAUCCAGAAAUCUAAUUCCAUGAGAAUAACAGAGAGCCAUGGAACAAAAGGUCACCUAAAUGCCUCAGCUUCUAGCAAUGUACAUGGAGCUACACGUCCUCUUCACUAUGCACCAGUCUCUCGUGGGAAUGCUGACCAGGUUCCUCCAUCUGUUCGUCAAACCAAUUCUUCAGCCACUGAUCGAUCAAGACAUCCUUUACAGGAUAACGGUGGCUCUAAAAUUCGCCAGUCUGAAAGAAAUCGUUCUGCAAAUCAGAGGCAUGGGAAUGUGUUUGAACCUUCUCUUUCCCAACUCCCUUUAUCCACUGGUGGAGGAAUGAUCCUUGGGCGACAGCAGCCUACCCUUGAAAAAAGGAGCAGCAUUGUACGAUUCAUGCCUGAAGGGCCACAUGUCUCUCAUGAUAGUACAGCUGCUGAACAGCACACACUGUCUCAAAAUUUUGGAUUCCCUUUUAUUCCAGAAAGUGGAAUGAAUCCCCCAGUAAAUGCUAACACUUCAUUUAUUCCACCAGUAACUCAACCCAAUGCUACCCGCACAGCAGCCCUGAUUCCAGUUGAUCCUCAGAAUACAUUGCCGUCUUUCUAUCCACCAUAUUCUCCUGCACAUCCCUCCCUGUCUAAUGACAUUUCAAUUCCUUAUUUUUCUAACCAAAUGUUUUCUAAUCCAAGUACAGAGAAGCCAAAUGGUGGAGGUUUAAAUAAUCGAUUUGGUUCUAUUUUGUCACCUCCCAGACCAGUUGGUUUUGCUCAGCCAAGUUUUCCCCUUUUGACAGAUAUGCCUCCAAUGCAUGUGGCCAAUUCAUCACACUUGUCCAAUUUUAAUUUGACUUCUUUAUUCCCGGAAAUAGCUACAGCUCUUCCUUCAGAUGGAUCAGCAAUCUCACCACUGCUCUCAAUAGCAAAUACAUCUGGUUCUGACUCUUUGAAACAAUCAUCAAAUCGGCCUGCCCAUAAUAUAAGCCAUAUUCUAGGUCAUGACUGCAGUUCAGCUGUGUGAAAAGAAUGGGAAGGGGUGAAUUUUUUUUUGAAUACCCAUUCAACAAGAUGUAUGGAGAAAAUUUAGGUUGCUUUUUAAAAUUAAUAUAAACAUCUCUGUGCUAUAAAUUCUUCAAUUUCAAUGUAAUGCCAUGCUUAGUUUCUGAUGACCUCUCUGAAACUGUAUGGAAAUCAUUGCUUCAUUUUCAAGAUUUCUAGUUAACAGGAAUAGAAAUAGUAAUGUAGCAAUUUCCUCCCACUUAAUAUAGAAUUUUUAUUUUUUUUUGCCACUGAUUACCAUGUGCUUUCUCAGGUAUUGGGUUGAUUUUUGUUGUUGUUGUUUAAAACCCUCUUAGAUUUCCUCACCGCCUUUUUUUUACAUUUUUUAAAAAAUUUAAUAAUAAGAAACUAGUAAUGUUGAUAUAUAAAAUGAACCAGAGUUAUAGAAGUCUGUAGGCAAACUGAUUACAUACAUAACACAAUUUUGUCAAGUUAGAGGGGGAAAAAAUCAGAUGGUAUUUAGUGGAAUUGUGGUCUUGAUAGCAUAAGAUGAGAAUUUAAAAAGUCUGUCUGUCUGUCUCACACACAGACACACACAGACACACUCACAGACACAUACUUGAUUUAGCAUUCCAAAACACUGGGUAAAGCAACAAGGGAAUAUUUUUGUCAGGCUCAAAACAAUCCUAGUGCACCCCUUUGAUUAAAAAAAAAACACUAUUAUUGUUUCUAUUUGUCUCUCCACACAGCUGACGGAAAAAAAAUACGGUGACAUCAGUACAUUGUCUAAGAUAUUAUUCUGAUGAAUUGCUAAAUCUUUGUUUCUGUUUCUAUAAGGUCCUGUAAAGCAGCCCAAUUUGAGGCACAGACUCAAAUUUUGUUUUUGAUAGCAGGAAGAAAGAAAGUCUUCCUACAAUGAGAGUGGCCAGAGAUGUUUGCUCUUAAAAGUAUUCCCCUGUAUUUCCAGGAUUUACUGGGUUAGAGUUUCUGCAGAACAUGCUAACAAAUCAAAGAGUUCAUACAAAUAGGCCAGAUAGUUUAGUUUUACUUUUUUUUCUUCCCUCUUAUGAGUUGGCUAUUUCUGCUGUUUACAGAAAACAAAUUCCUGUAAUCAUAUUCCAAGGAUGGAAAAAACCAGGUACUCUUCUUAACCAAUUUAAAUGCACAGCACGUAGUGAGAAUGAAACAGUUGGAAGUGAAUUGGACAAAAAUAUAUUGACCGGCAGAGGAUACCAGUUUCUUGAAGAAAUUUUCUAUGCAAUAAUGUGUGCUUUUGUGAUUUCUGAGUAUUAAAUGUUUUUUUCUGAAAAUGUAUUGGAAGAGUCUGAUGCACAGAUGAAAAGAAAAUGCAAGUAAAUGGCAGAGUAUUUAAUUAAUAGGAGAACCUGUAUUCCCUUUCAUUGAGACAGUUGUGCAAAGAGGAAGCCUUGAUUGAAGAAUAUGAUAUUCUGCAUAUUGGUUUGUGUAACAAUUUUUAUGACAAGAGAUUAAAAAAAAUAUUCAGACUUUCACUAUGUAUUCAUAUAAACCAAUAGCUACUUUCUGAGCAUUUAUCAGUAUUUCUUGUUAGAAUUUUUGGUAGAUGUCAGUAUAGACUAUUAUUAGUAUUUUUCAAGUGUAUUUUCAUGCGGAAAUAUAUUUUCAAUAUAUCUCUUGGUAUUGUCUGCAGUGGUAAAAUUGCUACUGCAGAUAAAUUACCUUAGUUUUGAUUAUUAACAAAGGGUUGUGUUUAGCAAAAGAUCAGCUCCCUAAUGAGAUUCCAUGCAUUCUGCAAAUCUAUUUUUUUUUAUUUCAGAUAAUAGUGCCCUUCAAAAUAAUUUAAAAAUGGCAUGAAGGAAUCUUUAAAGAAUGCCUUUAACAUUUUGAAAUUAUUAAAAUGUUAGUAUUCUGUCAAUUUAUCUGAAACUAUUUCAGGAUUCUAAUUUCAAAUUUCCCAUUGUAUGAUCUCAUAAAUUCUGUGAUCUUAUCAUAUUGUCUUAUUGACACAGAUGUGUUUUGAAGCUUCUCAUAUGCUAGAAAAGCUCAUAAAGCAUUGGGGACUUCUGAGGUUUAUAAACUCCAUUAGAUGUCAAUUUUUGGAUGCAUGAGGAAUUGAUCUUUUCUUAUUACUAAGGUGCAAUAGAAUACAAUGGUGGCUGAAUCAGUGAAAAAACAGAAGCUAUAGAUCACAUGUUUAUAAUACCUUAGAAUUUCUGUUGGGUAUAGGUAGUCACACCUUGUUCUUUUAAUGGGAACAGAUAAAGAAAACUACUUGUCACACUGCACAGGAGCCUAUAGGUUUAUGUCCUACAGUCAUACUUUUCUUUUGCUGCUGUCCUUCAUGACAGUUUCCUUGUGCACAUAGAAGAAUUGUCUAAGCUCCCUCCUGUUUUGAAAUUAAGAUGAUUGUGCAACACUUUUCAGCAAAUUAAGAAUGUAUGUUGUUGUGUAUUCUAUAAUAUUCUAUCCUCUACUUAAGGUCCCCCAGAAAUUUUCAAGAUCUUGAAGAUAAGCUUGUAAAGAAUGUUUAUUAUUGUAAAUAAGUUUUUUUUAUUUUGACAUCUUUUUACAAGUUGAAUGCAUUUGUAUGUAAAUACCUGCAACCUUGAUUUUUUUAAAAAAAUUCAGAUUUUUAUUAAAUGUAAAAUUAUAUUGAUUGUAAACAUUGUAUAGAUAUAAACAAAAUAGUAUUUUAUUUUUAAACAUGUACAGUUUGUGCACUAUCAUUUUGUGUUCUGCUUGUGCUUUGUAAUUCUUCCCCUGCAGGAAAAACAAAAAGCAAAAGCAAUUAUCUUACAUUUAAAUACCAUACCCAAAGUUUAAGAUUGUAAUUUUUAAGAAGGUAAACAACUAAAAAGUCCAGCAAUUUUGACCCACUAAUUUGUUCCAAUUUCAUUUGUCCACCUGCUCAGCCAUAGCGAGAACCUCAAAAUAGCCAGACUGAUUCUUGGACACAACAUAGAAUGUUAUCAAUAGUGGGUCAGAGCAUUGCUUUGGUUGCUAUGCAAGGACAGUAGUUUUCAGAUUUAUUGAUCAGCAACUUGUUUAGGGAUAGGGGAAGACAUUUGGGACUGCUACAUUUUUAGAAAAUGUGACUUGGGAGUACAGUGUAUUUAGGCUGUGUAAUGCUUUGGCUUGAUUCCAAAAAGAGACCCAUAAUAGUGUUUUUCAAACAUGGCAACUUUAAGAUGCUAACUGGGAAUUCUGGGAGUUGAAGUUUAGGCAUUUUAAAGUUGUCAAGUUUGAAAAACACUGACCCAAAACAUGCAUUGGAAAAGAUAUGGUUCCUUUGCUGAAGUGCUACAUUAGGACUCCUGCACACCCUUGCACCCUUUUGGAAUAUGAUGCAGAAUGCCACCCAGGCACGCAUAAAAGACCUCUGGAUGGGAAAAAAAGUCUCCUUUGUUCUUAGAUUUCCUUUAAAUAUACAGAAGGUUUAACCUAGCGAAAAGCAGAAUUCUAGUGUUUAGUAUUUUUUUAACCAAAGUGAAUU